AUGUCCAAUAGCUCAAGAGCAAACAUAGCAAUAACAGAUCUUCCAUGGCUCCAAAAAUAUCGUCCAGCCGUGUUUGACGAUAUAGUUGGAAAUGAACCUUCAAUAAAUAUAUUGAAGAACGUUGCUAAAAGAGGAAACAUACCAAACUUCUUAUUAUCAGGACCUCCUGGUACUGGUAAGACUAGUAGCAUUGUUUGCCUCGCUAAUGAAUUAUAUGGAAAGGAACUAGCCAAAAAAGCUAUCUUAGAACUUAAUGCAUCUGAUGAGAGAUCUGUUAAUAUCAUUCGAGAAAAGGUUAAGGCAUUCGCUCAAACAAAAGUCACACUCCCUCCCGGAUUACAAAAAUUUAUAAUUCUGGAUGAAGUUGAUAGUAUGACGGAUGCGGCACAAAAAGCACUUCGAGCAAUUAUGGAGCAUUAUUCUGACACUACGAGAUUCGCGUUAGCAUGUAAUAACGAUGAUAAAAUUGAUGAAGCAAUUAUGAGCAGAGUGACGAAAUUAUCUUUUUCAAAUUUAUCAGACGAAGAAGUUGCAAAACGUCUUUUAUAUAUAGUAGAAAAAGAAGAUGUUAAAUAUACUCCUGAAGGUUUACAAGCAAUCAUAUUUACGGCAGAUGGAGAUAUGAGGCAAGGUAUUAAUAACCUUCAAUCUACUUACUCUGGAUUUGGCAUGGUCAAUGAAGAUAACGUUUACAAAGUGUGUGAUGUACCGGAUCCCAAAUAUAUAAUGGAAUUGCUUAAACGUUGCAUACGUUAUGAAGUGAGAAAUGUUUUUAAUGCUGUAAGUAAAUUAUGUGGUGAAGGUUAUUCCGCCUUGGAUAUCGUUCAAACCAUGCUGAAACUUAUGAAAUCUGCUUCUGAGGAAGAUAUUGAAGAAGAUUAUUAUAAUGAAUAUUUAAUGGAAAUUUCCAAAACCGAGUUAAUUAUCAAAUCCGGAACUGAAAGUGAACUUCAGGUUAUUGGUUUAGCAGCUUCUUUAUGUGACAUCGCUAAAUCCAUUUCAAAGAAAAAUAAGGGCUAA